UUGCUCCCAAGCUGGUGUCAGGUCACACCUGAGCUGCGCAGGGGCUCUCUGGUUACCGCUAGCAAUGGCUUUGGCUGCCUGCUAAUGCCCUGUAAUUAUUCUCCCAGCGGCUCCCUGCUCUGCUUGUCCAUUGUGAUCUCUGAGUCCUGCAUGGUGGGAAUGUGCCACCUCUGCAGCCCCUCCCCACAGCAUUGGGGAGAGCCCCCCUCCCCCACCCCACAUACACACACACCCCAGUCUGAUCCCCCAUGGCUCAGCCCUCUGCUAUUGUGGCCAUGCUGCCAACCCUAGGAUGCAGGAGAGGCGGCCACGCUGGAGGAUGAAUAGGCAGGAGGCUGUCCCGGGACGACCUCUGAACCCCUGAUCCCACGGGGCUGCCCCCUACAUCCCAGCUGGAGCCAGCCAUGGAGCACCCCGUGGCCAGAGGGACGCUGGCAGGGGGCGGCACCAGGCUGUCUGCCUCGGAGCGGAACAUCCGACGCCAGAGGCUCAUCGUGUACAGACCCUCCACUGAAAAGCAGAGCUCCCCCGCCCCCCGGGGGCCUGAGGAGAAGGCUCCCCCACUGUGCUGGCUGCCCCGGGGCAGGGCUGGGUCUCCUCAGGCAAGGCGCCAGUCGGAGAGGCUGCAGGGCAGACGGCAGCGGCUGCAGCAGGGGGUGCCUCAGUGGGGCCAGGGGGCGGAGCUGUGGCUGGUGGCCUCGCCCAUGGAGAGAGCCCGGCACAGGGUCCUGGCCAUUACCCUGGAGGAGUGUCUUGCCACCACACAAGGGGCUGUCUCCCAAAGGGGCAACUCCCCCUCAGCUCAUCCGGCCACCCCCUCCCUCCCAGGACACCCCCUCCCUGGGAAGGCCUUGCCCCCUCUUGGGAGCCCUCUGCCUGGUUCGGAUCGGACCCCUCGGCAUCAGGAGCCGGCCAUGGACAGACCCUCCCCCGAGGAGCACCGGUCUCCCAUCUGCCAGAGGCCUGAGAAUAAGGCCCCCGCAUCGUGCUGGCCGCCCCAGGGUACAGCCGGGUCCGAGUCAGAGCGGCUGCAGGGCAAGCGGUGGCUGCUGCGGCAGGGGGCGCUGCAGCAGAGCCGGGGGCCGGGGUCAUCUCCCUCCAUCGCCCAGCAGGGGAAGGAGCUGGUGACGUCGCCCAUGGAGAGGGCCCAGCAGCGCGUCCUGACUGUGGCACUGGAGGAGUGCCCCAUGGCAGCAGAUGCCAGCCUUCAGCAGGAAGAUCUGCUGAUGCCGUCGCCUCCUAGCACGGUUGAUCAGCUGACAGCAUCUUCCUCUUCCUCGGACCAGUGGGAGCAGUGCCCACAGCCAGCAGAUCCUGUCCCAGAAGAAGCCGAGCCACCUGGCAGCCUCCUGCCUUCCUCCUCCUCCGCCUGGCCUCCCCCGAUCUGUUCGCUGCUGCGCCCCCGGGCCACGGUCCCCCCCUUGCGGCACUGGGGCAUCGCCCCGCUCUUCCAGAGUGUCAAAUCCAAGCUGGAGACCUUCGCCGACAUCUUCCUGAGCCCGGUCAAGCCGCGCUUGCGCCCCCCGCCGUCUCCUCAGCCGGACGAGGGAGAGGGUGGGGGGCAGCCGGCGGAGCCUCUCCGCCCCGAGGAGGAGCCAGCGCAGAGCCGGAGCGGGCCAAGCCAGCAGGGGGCGCACAGCUCGCGCCAGGGGGUGAACAUCGAGGUGAAAAUUGCCAUCUCGCAGCCAGCUGAGAGGAGGGGCCCUGGCGAGGCCAAAGAUGAUAGGGAGGGGGACAGCAUUGUGAGCCGCCGACCCCCCAUCUGCCAGUGGCGCCUGAGCCCUGAGGAUCCCAGCCAGCCCCGCCUGGGCCGCAGCUACUCCUGCCCGGACUUCCCCUGGGCCAUGCCGUCCCCAUUGCCAGCGUCCGCCCCCUGCCCGCCUCGCCGGCGUCGUCACACGGUCUGCAGCCUGGAGGUGUCGCGGGAGUUGCUGCGGGGCCACCCCUCGCCCCCCAUCCUGCCCUGCCUGCGCAAGGAGGUCUUCCCCUUCCCGUCCCCGGCCUCCCGCCACCUGCUCAGCCCGGUGGUGUGCAUGACCCGCUGCGACGAGGCCCGUUCCUCCUGCCCGGGCCCACCCCACCACGAGGAGCCUGCCACUGCCCUGCUUUGCCCCAGGGACAGCUCCCAGUGCCCGGAGCAGGGGGACAGGGGCCAUGGCGUCACCACAGGCGGGAUUCUCCUGUCACACACAGAUGCCAAGUGCUCCCAGGAAGAGACCACAGGGAAAGUGUCCCGCUUCCGCAUCCGCAAGACCCCAGCCAAACAGCAAGCCAACCUCACGCCAAUGGGCCUGCCCCGGCCGGUCAGGUUGGACAAGAAGGAGUUCAGUUUGGAGGAGAUCUACACGAAUAAGAACUAUCGCACUCCCACUGAGAAGCGGACCUUCGAGACGAUCUUUGAGGAGCCUCGGGAGCGGAACGGGGCACUGGUGCUUACCAGCCAGCGCAAGCUGAAGCGCACCAUGGAAUUCCAGGACAGCAGCCUGCCCCGCAAGCAGCGCCGUGCCCGGCCCCGGGGGAGGCUGGCGGGGCGAGCACCAGGUGGGCGCCGGGCCCCACCCCAGCACCCUGACCUGGAGGAACUGCUGCGUCAGCGCCUGGCCGAGCUGGAUGCCCUGUUUGAAGCUGAUGGGGACUAGGGGGCGCUGUGCACUGUCCAGAUCCAUGGUGGGCAUUGAGCCAGAGACUGAGUGGCCCCUCUGUCCUUGGUAUUGCUCAUUGGCCUGGGCGAGCUCCCAGAAUCCUCUGGGAUCCUAGGAGAGUAGUUACCUCCCAGGAUACUCCCAGAAGCCUCAGCUCUUCCAGGGAGCAUCUCCCCUGGGGGUACACCCAGAAUGGUCUGCUAUUGGAUCCUCCUAGAGCCAUCGUGUCCUAUGGGGUACUCCCAGAAUCCUCUGCUCCCCUGGGGCUCCUGGACCCACGUCCAAGCAGAGAUCUCUCUGGGAGAGAGAUGUCCUAGUUCUACCCAGAAUCCUUUGCUGCCCAGGCAGAGUCAUCUCCUCCCUGAACCCUAGUUCCACCCAGAAUUGGCUGCUUCCCUGGGGGCAGCUCUUGGCUGCUCCCAGAUCUGCCUGAGCUGAGGCAGCCGUCCUGCAGCCAGUCGCCAAGCUGCCUCUGCCACUGCUCCCCGCACAGGCUCCAGGUCCAGUCCAGGAGCGGGGUGGGGGGGAUGAAUGUCCAGCAGGUGUGAUGAACCUUUCCAUUCUCAGCACUCAGUUGCCUACGCACAAAUCCUCCUGGUGCUUCCAUCCUCCAGGUGCCUCUGUCUACCGCCCCCCAGGGGCUGAGCAUACCAGGGGGCAGAUAGUUUAGUGUGGAGGGGGGGCAGUAUUAGCCAUUUUAGGAUCACCUCCCGCUGGGUUCCUGGGGGGCAAGUGGCCUUUGUCCAGUCGGGCUGGGAUAUAGGGCAGGAGAGGGGGCUUGUGGCAUCAGUUCCCUGUGUGCAUCAGGAGGAGGGCAUUUUCCCCUCUGAAGUGUGACUGCAGCCUCGGAGGCACUGGCAGGAGCCCUGGAUGGGCGGUGUCUCCUGGGCUGGGCCCCGUUGGGUCAGUCAGUGGAUAUUUGCUGGUUUUAUGUGUGUGGUUUUUUUUUUUGAGAUCUAUAUUUCUAUUAAACUUUUCAACAAAAACAUCCA